GCACCUCCUCCCACCAUUAGGAGAACCGUCGGGCUUCGUCGGCCCGCCUCCCUUUCUUCCGAUUUGGCGCCGUGAAGCCCGCGAGGGGAAACGGGGAGGAGAAUUGCUGAGGCCACGCCUCCUCCUGGUUUCACGUUGAGAAGCGCCACAGAAAAUGGCGGCGUGCAGAGGGUGUCUCCGCAGUUUCGUGGCGUUCGCUAUGAGGCCAGCCUCGCGGGCUUUUUCUCUGAGCCAGGCUUUGACCACCCCUCUCACCGCCGAGGAGCUGGCGAAGAAAAUACGGACUCAGAAGGAGCAGCAGCGAAAGCCUCAAAACGAGGUUCCUGAAGACCCAGUGAAGAAACGUGUGAGGGAACUCAAGCAGUUCACUCAACAGUUGCAGCGGGUUCAUCCUAAUGUGUUGGCCAAAGCACUCAAACAAGGAAUCGUCUUCCAGAAUACAGAGAUUGUGGUGAUUAACAAACCUUAUGGCCUCCCUGUUCAUGGUGGUCCGAAGGUAAAGAUGUGCAUCACAGAUGUUCUGCCUAUACUGGCAAAGAUGCUGUUUGGCAUGAAAGCUGAACCUCUUCACCUGUGUCAUCGGCUGGACAAAGAAACAACUGGAGUGAUGGUACUGGCACGAAAUGAGGAGGUGGCACAUCAGAUCCAUGAAUUUUUCAGAACCCGAAAAGUGGAGAAGAAAUACUGGGCAAUCUGCGUUGGACAACCAGAACCAGCAGAGGGGAUAGUGGACAUUCCAAUUGUGGAGAAGGAAGUAGAGAGGGGCCAGUUACACUUUAAAAUGACCCUUGCUCCCAAGUAUCACCUUUCCUUUCAAGAUGGAAAGAUGUCCAGAGUCCCCCAGGACAGAGACUCCCAGAUGGCAGUGACCCGAUACCGUACACUCAGCAACUUGGCCUCUGGAACCCUCAUCGAACUGCAACCCAUCACAGGAGUGAAGCAUCAACUCAGAGUUCAUUUGGCCUAUGGCUUGGGCUGCCCGAUUCUUGGGGACCACAAGUACUCUCACUGGAACAAGCUAGCACCACAGAAACUUCCUCCCGGUGCAUUAAAAAAAUUGGGUUUGGUACAAGCUAAAGCCCGUCAUCUCCCACUCCAUCUACACGCCUACAAACUCAGCCUCCCUGAGUUAAAUGGCAGCGAAGAGAAGAAAAUCAACUUGGUCUGCAAGCCUCCACAUUUCUUCAAUCUGUCCCUAAAGCGUCUGAAUCUGGAGAUACCCAAGUUAGAAGGAGAACUGUGAACAGAGACACUGCUUCCUUGGUUGAGGAAGCUGUUUUCCCUUGACUUUGGUCCCUGUGGUGACCAGGCAUGAAAUCGAGAGACCCACUUCCCCUAGAAUCCAGCAGCCCUCUCUCUGAAGAAUCUUUGGGCCUCCGGCAGCUCAAAGCGCAGGACUAGGGAGUGGUGGCGCGGCUUGUUUCUAGGAUCUGAAAAUAAAGGAGACGGUUGAGAGAUUCAGCAA